CGGCAGGAAGGGCAGCUGAGACAAAGCACACAGGCAACAGGAGGAGUGUUUACCGGCGAUGAAGGGGGGGGAAAAGAGGAAAAGGGGGGAGGAAGAGAAGGAGAGAGGUAGGUCGACGUGUUACAGGUAGAUAACGCGAGGGAGGUAAAGUUCACAGAGUAUAGGGUGUCACCUAAAGGAUCAAGAGAUAACAAGUUGGGGCAGAGGUGCUGGAACUCUAUCCCAGAGCCAAGACAACGGCAGAUGAUAAAAACCACCCCACCUGCACGCACCCAGGGAGAAAGAUGUGGACUGGAGCACGGUGCGACUCUGAGGAAAACAGGUGAAAGGCAUACUUGAAAGAAAAAGGAAGGGGGAAGAAGGAGGAGAACAUUUGGGCUUCGACUUUGCCUGGAAUCCUUUAGUUCAUUUCACUUCAGUUCAUUCUCAGUUUUUUAUUAUUAUUUCUAUUUUUUUUUUUAUUUCACCUGAAACAAAGACUGCAACCGCAGGCCCGGUGGAGCUGAGUUUUAAGACAUUUUUCAAUAACAGUUCCAAAGCAAUUCACAAUCAGCACCUCAGCUGACUUUGUGAGGAUUUUUUGCACAUUAAUGUAGAAAAAGAAAAAAGAAAGCAGCCAAAAAGAAAAAAAAAUCAAAAGUGUUUCGUCGAACGAGAGAAGAGAAGAGAGAGCGCGAGGGAGGGGGGAGGGCGAGCGAGGAAGAGAGAGAGAGAGAGUGCGUGUGAGCCGGUGACACCGAGAUGUUCAUGCUCAUUCGAGAGCCGACUGCAGGAGGAGGUGCUGGAGCGAUGAGCGCGCCACAGGAGAGGUCUGCAAAACAGGUGCAGGCUUCCAUCAAGAAGAAGGUGGAGAAGCAGAAGAUGCAGAGGCGAGCCAGCAUGCAAGCCGGGGCGGCCGGAGACGGGGAAAGCGCUGCUGCUCAGCCUCCCCGCCAUCAGAAGCCCAGGCAGCUGCUGGAGGCGGCUGAAGACAGUGAGGCCCUGGACGAACAGCUGCUCGAGAUGAUGGAGGGACCACAGAGGGGGGAGACUGAGAAGGAAAAAGAGGGAGAGCCUGUGGACCUGCUGCCCAUAGUGGACUCUGUGUUUGGACAGGACAGAGAGCUGAGGCCGGAGGAGAUUGAAGAGCUGCGUGAGGCAUUCGUGGAGUUCGCUAAGAACAAAGAUGGCUUACUCAGUCACAGAGACCUGGGCGAGUGUAUGAGGACCAUGGGAUACAUGCCUACGGAGAUGGAGCUCAUCGAACUGAGCCAGCAGAUCGGUGGAGGUAAAAUAGACUUUGAGGAUUUCGUCGAGCUGAUGGGACCCAAGAUGCUGGCAGAGACGGCGGACAUGAUCGGAGUCAAAGAACUUCGAGAUGCGUUCAAAGAGUUUGACUCUAAUGGCGACGGUCAGAUCAGUUUAACGGAGCUGCGUGAGGCCAUGAAGAAGCUGAUGGGAGAACAGGUGACCAACAGAGAGAUCAACGAGAUCCUCAGAGACGUCGACCUCAACGGAGACGGCCUGGUGGACUUCGAGGAGUUUGUGCGAAUGAUGUCCCGCUGACGGCUGCACGUCUCCGACGGCUGCACAGAAAUUAUGCAACUGCUAGACAAGGAAACACACUACACUGUAGUGAACGCUCCUGGUUUGCUCUCAAGAGCGUGCAUGCAAAAAUAUAUUUUUAUAUUAAAAGAAGAAGUAAGUAACUGUAGCUCUGCAACUAGCGAAGACUGCACACAACUAAAUUUGAGGUGAAACAUAAAGUAUUUAAACAGCUGUAAGACAUAUCAGAAUCUUGACAGAUCACAUUUAUGAUUUAUUCCACAUGUAUUUUUAUAUUUUCGUGUUUGUUCUUUUAGUCUGAAAGCUUGUUUGUAAAAUUGUAAAAAGUUAUUUUUAACUAAUAAAAUGUAUUAAAACCGAA